AUGACGCCUUGGAUGCUUGGAGACAAAUUUGACACUGUCUACCCACACAAGGGCUCGAUCAAGGCUCUGUGGGAGACCAAGUGGAAGUUUUGUUGCUCGAAAUCAAUCUAUCCAUUCCACGAUGGCUCCAUUGAGGACUUUGAGCCAAUCUUCGAGAAACUCAUUGCUGAAAACAUCAACGACGCCUUCUCAGACGCCUACACAAACGCCUUCCUUCUCAUCGCCUCUGCCCUCGAAGAACAAGCCACCGAAGCCCUAAACUACGGCCACCCCGACCGUGCCUCAGACCUCUACCGCCGCGCCGCUGUAGUCCUCCGCAUCUCCCGCUUCCCCUACGUCAGCCACACAAGCCGCCCAGAAACAUCCCUGAAACGGCUCGCCUUCGAUCGCCAAAAGAAAGUCUACCUCGCCGCAGCAUCCCUCUGGAAACCACCCCUCAAGGAAGAAAUCAUCCCCCACAAACAUGCAUCCGGCGCAGACGGAUCCUCUAUCCCAUUGUACAUCCGUCUGCCGGAGGAAGCCUCGUCGUCGAACCGCGUCCCCGUCGUACUUAUCAUGACCGGGCUGGACGGGUAUAGACCCGAUAACAGCCAGCGGACGCAUGAGAUUCUGGCUCGGGGCUGGGCGACUGUUAUCGUUGAGAUUCCUGGUACGGCGGAUUGUCCGGCUGAGGCUGCGGAUCCAGAGUCGCCGGAUCGUUUGUGGGAUAGUGUGCUUGAGUACAUGGCGACGAUGCCGGAGCUGGACAUGAGUCGUGUGGCGGUUUGGGGCUUGAGUGCUGGUGGCUUUUAUGCUAUUCGGGCGGCUUGUACGCAUCGCCAGAUGUUGGUGGGUUGUGUGGCUCAUGGGCCGGGGUCGCAUCAUUUCUUGGGGAAGGAGUGGUUGAGUAAAGUUAAUGAUCAUGAGUAUCCGUUUACUAUCACCGACUGCUGGGCUGAGAAGUAUGGCUACUCCACCACGAAGGAGUUUGAGGAGAAUGCUCAGAAGAAGUUCUCUCUCAUCGAGACGGGUGUCAUGGACCAGCCUAACUGUCGACUCCUGUUGCUGAAUGGCGUUGAUGACGGCGUUGUGCCCAUUGAGGACUCGCUGAUCCUGUUCAACCACGGUGGUCCAAAGGAAGGACGAUUCUUCGAGGGUAUGGUGCACAUGGGAUACCCCCAUAGUCUGCCAGUCGCAUACAAGUGGCUGGAGGAUGUGCUAUCGCCUAACCGGACGGAGGUGAAGAAUUAG